ACUACUCGUGUGUGUAACUUAACACCAAAGUGGCGGCUUGUCGUGCUUACAUCCUGACAGUGUGUUGUAUCACUCAACUCAGUUUUAUCACUCAAAUGUUUUCUCCAAGUUACGCUGGUAGAUCCUUGUAUCGUUCCACUUCUAGCUUCACUACGGUAUGUUGUACGACUCAAAUGUUCUCAGAGUUAACUUUAGCGGAAUCUAGUAACAUCCGUGUACAGCUUCACUAAGAGGAAUAAAUGGGUAACGUAAAAUCUACACCAACAGAUAAAGAAAACAAACAUGCUGAUAUUGGGAACAAAAAUACUAGAGCGAUAGCUAGUGGGGGUGUGUCAAACAAACGCACAGGAGAUGAUUCGGAUACUUUAAAUGAACAGGACAGUGAAGAAGACGUAUCCCAAUAUUUUAUAGGUACGCAUGAAGUGCUAGAAUGUCUUGAAGGUCAAGGCGAGGCAGAUUUAAACACAAACCUGGCAAACUGUAAAAAAAAUCCUGGCCAUGCAGGGUUCAUUCCUAUAAAUAAGUUGACGCUUGAACAUUUUCCCUCUGGUUACCAUGACAACGACUUAUAUGAGCUUAUAAAAGCUCUGGCUGACGUAACGGUCAGGAUAGCCGUAAAGUUCACCAGUCUAAAUCGACCAGAGUUUGUUCUAGGCACUAAAGUUCCAUAUCCUUGCUUUAAAGGAAGGGGAAAUAACUCAUUGAGAACAGGGACUGGAAGGAUGUGGGGUGUGACUAAGUACAUCGAGGGAAUGGACGAGAUCUACGGUACCUACAGAACGUGUCCGUGUCCUGAAUGUGACCACUCGGACACACCUUGCCCAGUGUGGUGGAAGGUUACAGUACUGACAGCCCGACAUGUGGUGUUUGAUUCGAGCGAGGCAAAACAAUCCAGUUGUAGGUUAUGGUUUGAUGAGGAUCAAAGUCCAGUGUUGAACAUGUAUGGAUGGGAAGUUGAUGAAACUUACACUGAAGAAGACUGGUGCAAGAUGUAUUGCGUGACCCAUGACGCAGAGAUCGGCGAAAAACUAGUGGGAAUGUUGAGGAGAUUUAUUAGUCUAUGGGGUAAAGUCAGCAUUAAAUACGAGAGUCGUAAAGAGGUGGACAAGCUGACCGUUAUAGUGUCACAUCCUCAUGGCUGUUCUAAGCAGGUAUCCGUGGGUCACUGGGUACAUAAGCAGGAGAUGUAUAAUACAAAUAUCACCAGGUACACGUAUACUACAUGUACCUGUCCAGGUAGCAGUGGGGCCGAAGUGUACAGGUUAGGGUGCUCGUGGUCUACCCACCCCCACAGCGGUGCUAAUUCUGAUGGUUUGAAUUACAGUGGGGUGAGGUGGGGUUAGACAAAGUCUGAUUUUCGUACACGUAGAAUACACUUUCGGACCUGGAUGUCUAUCUGGCAGAUGAAUUGGAGUUGAUUUAUUUCUUUGACCGAUUCUAUGUCCAGCCCUUUUUACCUUCCCUUACGUUAUUCAGGUAUCAAUCAGAAAAGGGGUGGACUCGGGAACACCUUUUGGGCACGUGACCGAUAUCGAAACGC